AUGUCUUACACCCACUUGGUUUCCUUUGACAACAAGGCCAUUGAAACAACGGUAACUGACAGAGGAUCAGAAGUCGACUCAUGGGUUAAUACCAUCCUAGCAGUCUACAGGGGCGGAGACAUGAUAGUUGGACUAGACUGCGAAUGGAGCCCUACCUUUCUGAGUGGAACCAGCAACAGAAUUGCUACUCUGCAGCUGUGCGUAGACACCAAGUGCCUCAUACUCCAACUAUUCUACAUGGACUACAUCCCCCAAUCCUUCAAGAAUUUUCUCAGUAACCCUGCCGUAACUUUUGUUGGAGUCGAGGUUGAGAGCGAUGCCAUGAAACUUAGAGAUGAAUAUGAACUGGACUGCCAAAAGACUAGUAACAUUCGUGCACUAGCUUGCUCAUUUUGGCCUAAUCGUUGGUAUAGAAGACCUGGGUUGAAAGAUCUUGCCUUCCAGAUAGUUGGCCUCUUGAUGCAGAAGCCGAUGCAUGUUUGCAGUAGCAACUGGGAGGCAAGAAUCCUGAGCAAUGAGCAAGUCGAGUAUGCAAGUAUUGAUGCUUACGCCUCCUACAGAAUUGGCCGCAGACUCCUCAAAGAGAUGUAA